AUGCCUCAAUCCUCUACUCCUGUCAUUCCUUUUUAUGAGUCUGAAGGUCCUCCCCAGGCCCUUCCAUUAUUAACAUAUCACACAGAAAUGUUUUGUCCUGCUUUAUCAUUCAUCUUGAUAUCUUCACAAGAAGAGAUGGCAUUCUCUACUCUUCCACUCAGGCGACACACUCUUACUCCUUCCCGCAUCUUCACAACCAUGUCUCAUGGAACCACACCCAUCCCUCCUCACACACCCACCCCCAAAGUUGUUAAAUUAGUCUCCUUCACAGCAGAGCAGUUCACACCGAACAGUGAGGUGUCAACAUAUUCUUCCUUGUCCUCCAUAGAUUCCAAGGACUCUAAAAUCCCCAAACUGGAGGGUGAGGCAGGGCAUCCUGGCCAUGGUGGGUACAACUUGGAAACAGUGCUCAACUGGGAUGAUGACUACUUCAAGAAUUUCAAGAAACACUGUGACAUUAGCAAGAGCAAGAAACAUCAAACUCCAGCUGCAUUGCAAGAAGUUCAUAGUGAGGCCAUUUUCCAGAACUGGCUGACUAUCAAGGGUGUUGGCCAGUUGGAGAUAUAA